AUGUCCAACAGCAGCUCCAUCAGCCACUUCCUCCUGCUGGCAUUGGCAGACAUGCGGCAGCUGCAGCUCCUGCACUUCUGCCUCUUGCUGGGCAUCUCCCUGGCUGCCCUCCUGGGCAACGGCCUCAUCAUCAGCGCCGUAGCCUGCGGCCACCACCUGCACACACCCAUGUUCUUCUUCCUACUCAACCUGGCCCUCAGCGACCUGGGUAUGAUCUGCACCACUGUCCCCAAAGCCAUGCACAAUUCCCUCUGGGACACCAGGAACAUCUCCUACAAAGGAUGUGCUGCUCAGCUCUUCUUUUUUAUGUUCUUUAUCUCAGCAGAGCUUUCCCUCCUGACCAUCAUGUGCUACGACCGCUACGUGUCCAUCUGCAAA